AUGAAGUACUCUCUCUUCACCGCCGUUGUUGCGGCUUUCGCAUCUAGUGUCAGCGCUGCUGACGCCGUCAAGGGCGCUGCUGAGGGUUUUGCUAAGGGUGUCACUGGUGGUGGCAGCGCCAAACCUGUCUACCCCUCCACUACUGCGGAGCUCAUCAGCUACCUCGGUGACUCUUCUCCUCGUGUCAUUGUCCUCACCAAGACUUUCGACUUCACUGGCACUGAGGGUAAGGCUACCUCUGCCGGUUGCCGCCCAUGGGGAACUGGCUCCGCUUGCCAGAUCGCCAUCAACAAGGACGGCUGGUGCGACAACUACCAGCCUAACGCUCCCAAGGUUGGCAGCAUCACCUAUGACAAGGCUGGUAUGCUCGGAAUCACUGUCAAGUCCAACAAGUCUUUGAUUGGACAGGGCAGCAAGGGUGUCAUCAAGGGCAAGGGUAUCCGCAUGACUGGCAACGUCAAGAACAUCAUUGUUCAGAAUGUCCGUUUCACCGAGAUCAACCCUCAAUACGUCUGGGGUGGUGAUGCCAUCACCGUUGACGGCGCCGACAUGAUCUGGAUUGAUCACGUCACCACCGACCUCAUCGCCCGCCAGCACAUUGUUCUCGGUAACGGCGCUUCCGGUCGCGUUUCCAUCACCAACAACGAGAUCAACGGUGCCACCGCCUGGUCUGCUACCUGCGAUGGCCACCACUACUGGGGCAUGUACUUCACUGGCAGCUCCGACAUGGUCACCCUCAAGGGCAACUACAUCCACCACACCUCCGGCCGCUCCCCCAAGGUCGCUGGUAACACCCUUCUCCACGCCGUCAACAACUACUUCUACGCCAACUCCCAGCACGCUUUCGAGGCCGACUCUGGUGCCAAGAUCAUCGCUGAGGGUAACGUUUUCCAGAACGUCAAGGAGGCUGCUCAGUCCGGUCUCCCAGGCAAGGUUUUCGCUGUUGGCUCCAACGGCUCUGCCUGCAAGUCUGCUAUGGGCCGCAACUGCGAGCCCAACGCUUACGGCAGCUCUGGCACCAUGGCUGGCUCUGACACCAGCAUCAUUGCCGGCAUGAAGGGCAAGAACAUUGCCGCUGCCGGUACUGCUGCCAGCGCCAAGAACGUCCAGCAGACCGCUGGUUACGGAAAGAUCUAA